CUGGAUUCAUUACAUUUAAGGACUGUAUGUGAAUAACUCUUCCAAUUACUUUAUGUCUGUAUGUUUGUGUGUCAUUUUAGUUUGGACCAUGGAGAGCCUUUCAGGAUCCAACCAGGACUGCAAAAAUAUUUCUGUGAUCUCACACUGGAUCCAAACACAGCGAGCACUCAACUCAUUCUGUCUGGGAACGGAGAGGUGAAAUAUGUGGAUGAACACCAGCUGUAUCCUGAUCAUCCAGAGAGAUUUAAAGAUAUUCCUCAGGUUCUGUGUCGAGAGAGUCUGAAUGGACGUCAUUACUGGGAGGUUGAGCGGACCGGCUGGGCUCGUGUAGCAGUGGCCUAUAAAACAAUCAGCAAAGAAGGGACUGUUGGUAAGUUUGGAUACAAUGACAAGUCCUGGUGUCUCUUCUGCACUGUUGAUGGAUUUGUUGUCUGGCACAACAAUGAGAGCCACAACAUCCCUGCCCCUUUACCCUCCCCUAAAAGAGUAGGAGUAUAUCUGGACUGGCCGGCCGGCACUCUGUCCUUCUACAGCGUCUCUGACACACACCCACACACACUCACACUCUUACACACAUUCAACACCACAUUCACUGAACCCCUCUAUGCUGGAUUUAAGGUUUUUAAUUCUUCACUGUCACUGUGUAAGAUCACACAACAGACAAACAACUGA